ACGGUUUCAGAAUGAGGAAGCAUCAUCGGUUCCUGUGUUAAUGACCGAUCACAUGCGUUUUUAGACAACAAUAUCAUGUGAUUUGAAGCACCUCUUGGUCAGGAGACAGAAGUAGCAGCACAAUGCAUCAGUGCAGUGUUGUAGCUCUUUUUUUACUUUUUAUUGGCUCCUGCAGUUGUCAAUAUAAACCAACUUGGGAAUCACUUGAUUCAAGACCUCUACCCGAAUGGUAUGACCAAGCCAAAUUCGGCAUCUUCAUUCAUUGGGGAGUGUUUUCUGUUCCCAGCUAUGGCAGCGAGUGGUUCUGGUGGUACUGGCAGGGCAAGAAAUUCCCGUCAUAUGUUGCGUUCAUGGUAGAGAACUAUCCACCUGGCUUCACCUACACAGACUUUGCUCCACAGUUCCGGGCCGAGUUCUUCAAUCCUGAGGACUGGGUCGAUAUUUUUGCCUCAUCUGGGGCUAAAUAUAUCGUCCUCACAACCAAACACCAUGAAGGUUUUACCCUAUGGGGUUCGAAAUACUCGUGGAACUGGAACGCAGUGGACGUUGGACCCAAACGCGAUCUGGUGGAUGAGCUCUCCACUGCUUUGCGUGCAAACAGUGAUUUGCAUCUGGGUCUCUACCACUCUCUAUUUGAGUGGUUUCACCCUUUGUUCAAAGCAGAUGCAGAAAAGAACUUCAACACAUCUUCGUUUCCCAAAGCAAAGACCUUACCUGAGCUGUAUGAGAUAGUCAGCAAGUACAAACCUGACUUGCUGUGGUCUGAUGGGGAUGGAGAUGCUCCUGACUAUUACUGGAACAGCACCGGGUUCCUCGCUUGGCUUUAUAAUGAGAGUCCUGUUCGUGACACUGUUGUGACCAAUGAUCGCUGGGGAAAAGACUGCAUAUGUAAUCACGGUGGAUAUUACACCUGUAAUGACCGAUACAACCCAGGACAUCUACUGAAACACAAGUGGGAAAACUGUAUGACUAUUGACCAGAAGUCCUGGGGCUACCGGAGAGAUGCCAAACUCAGCGAUUACCUCACCAUUGAGCAACUGGUUAAAACUCUUGUGGAGACCGUGUCCUGUGGGGGGAAUUUACUGAUGAAUGUUGGUCCCACUCCUGACGGCCGCAUUAUUCCAAUAUUCGAGGAGAGACUGCGUCAGAUGGGCCAGUGGCUGAAGGUUAACGGAGAAGCGAUUUAUAACACCAGUGCAUGGAGAGUUCAGAAUGACACGGCCACUCCUGGAGUCUGGUAUACAGCGAGACCGAAGGAGAACGCAAUCUAUGCCAUUUUCCUUUCAUGGCCAAGCAGCGGAUUUAUUGUUCUGAACGAUCCGAUUGUCUCAGCGUCCAAGACUAAGGUGGUGCUGUUGGGUAACAAAGAACUCACAUGGGAUUCCAUGAGUCCGACUGGUCUGAAGGUGCAUCUGCCUCAGCUGUCCCCCAGUGAGUUGCCCUGCUCCUGGGCCUGGACCCUACGACUGACUGGUGCUACCUAGCCAAAUAACAGCAACACAGCUUCGGGAUGAACGGGUUUUUUAUGGCACAAUUCUUUUUUUUUGUUACAAAAAUAAUUUUACAUGAUUGAAUUAAAAAAUUAUGUUCUAUGAAUGACAUGAACGUUUUUUUUUUUUGCUGGAGUGCAGUUUUUAAGUAAUAUAAAAUAAAGCGAAAUGUGAAUGAA